UUAAAUUCAGUACGGGGUCUUUGCCGGUUUGUGCACGGGAGCCGCACCCUGCUCAAGGCGGUCGGGAAAAAAAUUUACGAACGCGCUCGAGGUUUCUCGUGCACUCGCCGGAUAUCGAAGUGCGGUGGAUGCUGAAGUGUGGUUUGUGAGGUUUGUUGGACUUACGUAGUGGACAUUCUUCCAUGCUGCUCAACGAACUGCUGUGACGGCACGCUGGGACACCAUUCGCCCCACGGCAAGCCUGGGACACCCGGCGAAUUGUUUCAGCGUUAGGCCUAUUAUUAGAGGGAAGUUACUCUCGGAAGGUUGAGGAGCCUAAGCUAACAAAAUGAAUGAAGUGGAGAGUCUACGUCAAGAAGCAGAGACAUUAAAGAACACAAUACGAGAUGCACGGAAAGCUGCAUGUGAUACCACGUUGGUGCAAGCGACGGCCAACAUGGAACCAGUGGGUCGCAUCCAGAUGCGGACGCGGCGUACGCUACGGGGACAUUUGGCCAAGAUCUACGCAAUGCAUUGGGGCUCAGACUCCCGCUACCUGGUGUCGGCGUCUCAGGAUGGCAAGCUGAUAGUGUGGGAUGCAUACACCACCAACAAGGUGCAUGCGAUCCCGCUCAGGUCAAGCUGGGUCAUGACGUGUGCGUACGCUCCUUCUGGGAGCUAUGUGGCUUGCGGGGGUCUGGACAACAUCUGCUCCAUCUACAGUUUAAAGACACGUGAAGGAAAUGUGCGUGUCAGCCGAGAGCUUCCCGGCCACACAGGCUACCUUUCAUGCUGCCGCUUCGUGGACGACUCGCAAAUUGUCACCAGCUCUGGAGACAUGACGUGUGCACUCUGGGACAUUGAAACGGGCCAGCAGUGUACAUCGUUCACAGGACACACUGGUGAUGUCAUGUCGCUCUCCUUGUCACCGGACAUGCGAACAUUUGUUUCCGGGGCCUGUGAUGCCUCUGCCAAGUUAUGGGAUGUCCGUGACGGCAUGUGCAAGCAGACGUUUCCAGGGCAUGAAUCUGACAUCAAUGCAGUGACGUUCUUCCCGAACGGCUAUGCAUUUGCGACGGGGUCUGACGACGCAACCUGCCGCUUGUUCGAUAUCCGGGCGGACCAGGAGCUGGCCAUGUAUUCGCACGACAACAUCAUCUGCGGCAUCACCUCGGUGGCCUUCUCCAAGUCGGGCCGCUUGCUCUUGGCCGGCUAUGACGACUUCAACUGCAACGUUUGGGACUCUAUGAAGGCUGAACGUGCAGGUGUCUUGGCUGGUCACGACAACCGUGUGAGUUGUCUGGGUGUCACUGAAGACGGCAUGGCAGUGGCCACUGGCUCCUGGGACAGUUUCCUCAAGAUAUGGAACUAGGGUGAAGACAGCAGCAGCAGCACCAAGGGAUGGGAGACGACGAAAGGAAGAGAAAGAAGACUGGAUCACCUCCCCCCCCCCCCCAGCCCCCUCCGCUCGAUUAUUCUGCCCUGGCUCUGUUUCUACGGAUGCUGCUCCUCCUUCACCCACAAACACACCUCUCUAUCUCUUCACAAGGUGUAAGACUACCCCCUUUUUAGUUUUCUUUCUCUCCCUCUUCGCCCAGCCCUUUGCUGCACACUUUCCCCCUCGGCCGCUCUCUUCUUCGGUCGGCCCACACAAAACUUUGUCAACCGGUCGGCACUCUCCUCCUGAAGACAACAACUGGAAGCCAAUUUCCCGGGCAAAGUUUGCCGCCUUUGCGCAACCACCCGGCGCGAGAGUUUCCACACCACCGCAUUAGCCCGCCACUUAACACGCGCGCAGAGACUUGAGGGAAUGCAGGUGGGUUAGGGAACGGAAGAAGGUGUAAUGGCUUGUUCAUGUACCAGCCAUUGUCAUUAUGCUUUUCUUCGCAUUGGGGAGGAGGAUACAAUGAAGGGGGGGAAGAGUUGUGUGCUGCUUCAUAUUGCACUGGACCAAGACACUCUUUCUUUCCAUGUACAACCAACCGCACUCCGUGCAUUUUUUUUUCCCCUCGAAAAUUCUUCGCUUCCCCCACCCCCCUGCUCUCCUCUUCCUUUGCAUCGGAACACCGGAGGGGUGACUCUUUCUGGUUAGCUCCGGCAUUUUGACAUGAGCGGUGGACAGUUUCCACUACCUAUUACAAGGCUUCCCCCUCUCCUCCCCAGGACUCGUUUUAAAAAAAGUUGAGAGAUGCCUUCUCUUCCUUCUCCCACCCCCGACUGGUGGGGAGUGGUUGCUUGGAAUUCUGGCCAUCUUGGAUUUCUCUCUCUCUUCUCGGUCCUUGCGAAGCCAUCCUUUGUGGAGUGGCAUUUGGGAGUGGGUCGAGGCCUCCUCCCCCUUCCGUUUUUUGAAUUGUGCGCAUGCGAACGAGUGUGUAUGUGUUUUGCGAGUAUUGCGUGAAUGAACAGCGUCAAUGGAACAAAUAUGCUGCUGUGUGCGAGUGAGUGUGAAUGUGUUCCGCACGGGGUACGGGCGUCUAGACUCCGAGUCGACUAAGCGAAUCGCAACGUCUGAUCAGCCUCCCAAACACCCCUGCGGUUGUUUUCUUAUACUGAGUACAGUAGUGCUUGCUGACGCGGGGAGGUUCUCUUGCAUGUUUUUUUUUUUUUUUUUUUGGAAACGUGGAUGGAAGGAGAGUGCGAGUUUCAGUUUCUUUUUUUUUUUUUUUUCUUUGGGCACGCCAGUUUUUGUCAAUUCUCUAGUCACAGGUGCGUGAGCAUCUGUCUCGUGCGUGCUCAAGCACAGAGAAAAACGCAGGGUUUCGUGUGGAACCCGUUGUCUGCAUACUUUUUUUUUAAUCUCCCCUCUGCCUUCCACCUUCGAAACCCCCACACCUUGACUUCGCUACGAGUUGCAAGCUUUUGCACUAUUCCUUGUUAGAUUGUUUCGUCCACGAUUGAUUACUCAGCUUAAAUUUGUUCUUGUUUAGUGCCUCCAAUUGGAGCAUCUCUUGGGGGGGGGGGGGGUGCUGCCAGAAGUUCAAAUGCAGCCGGUUUGCGUUACAAAAGAGCUGCCAGUGUGAAAAGUCUGGUAGGAAGACUGGGGGAUAGAAAUGUGUAUAUGAAGGCAUUGUUUUUGCUUUGUCAUUGCUGAGUCUUCCUCUACAUUUUUUUUUUGCCUCCAAAGCGAUUGUUCUAGAAAGCAUUUGUUUCCUUCCACAUUGUACAUAGCUUUGUAUAAACGUUUGAUUGGGUGCUGAGCCUCCUCUUCGGUUGGACAUGCCCUGCACCUUGAGAAAAAGUGGCUUGGGUCUGUGUUGUUAUGUUGCGUUUGAUGGUUCGACUGGACAGGUAAAUUGAGGUUGUCAGCCAACCCCUGGCAAGAGAUGGUCGUCUUUCUCGAAAAGUGUGUGUGACAGGGGUAGUUUCUACUGGCAGGUCUUUUUUUUUUAAGUUCUUUGUUACGUCUACUUGCAGUCUCUUGCUGCAUCGUAUUGCCCUCUUUUUUUUUUUCCCCUGCCUCAAAGAUUUCUGUGCGCUCAUCUGUACAGAGUGCCGUAUGACUGGUGUAUGAGGCGAGGCUCGCAGAUGGCCUACGCUUAGCUGUAACAGCUGUGUGUACUCUCCUCUCUCUCUCGGAUCUUUUUCAAGCCUGCGUGCCGGGGUGCUGUCUUCUGCCUUUUUCUAGGUCAUCACUUCUCCGCAGCACCUGAGCAUGUCGCGCGUUGCCUUUUUCCCCCCCUCGGCCUUUUCUCCCUACUCUAGCCUUUUCCACAACAACAACCCCCUUUCCUAACACGCACAACACACACACACCCUUGUGCUGAGCUUUCAUCAUACCCCACCGCCCCAGGCCAAGCUUUCUACCUGCCAUACCCCACCUACGCCGCUAUCUCCUGUGGCUUCCCCCCGAGCACCACCACCACCUCUCUAUGAAAACUUCAGUUUUUACUUCUCUGCGCCCAUCACGGCGACAAACAACUGGACAAAAAUUGUGUGGUGAUGCCGUGAACGUGCGCGCGCGUGUGUGUGCAGACUUGUGCGAUGACCGCUGCCGUUUGCAUCUGAACUGUCGUGCAGUUUUUACAUCGUGCUUCGACUCUGUUUUCGUCUUUUCUGUCUCUCUCACUCUCUCCCUCUCUGGCCCUGUGUUUAUUUUUUUCAACUGCCUUCGUUUUGGUUCCUCUCACGGAGAGGACGUCAGCGUGUGCGCUGUCCUCUGCGCUCGGGAUGGUAGUGUCACGCCUGUCGCCAGCCCGGCACGUACUGCCCCUUGGGCUGCAAGAGCGUGUGUUUUCGUGGCCUAGCACAUUGCCUCUGGCGCAUGCAGGCGUGCCACAUGUACCCGCACAGCCUGAACCAGACCAGCUUUUACUCGGGCAUUCGCCAUGCACGAGAUGCACGGAGAGUGCAGCAGGGCGUGCCAAGCCAAGCAAGCAGGCUUUCCGAAUGCACACGCGCCUGAUCCGUGCGUACGAAACUGCCUCAUGACUCUUUUUCUCUCUCUCGUUGCUGGCCUGCUUCUUUGUUUUACUUUUUUUUAAACCUCAUACCUGUCAGUGAUAGUCUUGGUUGUUGCACUGAAAGCUGGACAUUCGAGUUGAGGUGUGUGUGCACUGCCUCUCAAGCUUCUCUUCUCGGGCACCUAGGGCACGUUCGCACUCUGCCGUGUCGCCAUUACCGGCGAUCGGGCGGGAGUUAAUGGGGAACAAAAAAGAAAAGUUUCGGGCGAUGGACACAAUUUGGCGCGGAAGCAUUCCCUUACACGGUUGUGGUAACAAUGGUGGGAGGGACAGUGUUUGGGCACGAGCCCCAGCUCAUUCACUGCACCUGGACCGCCAACCCUUUCAUUCGUAGCCAUCAAAAUGCUCGGCACUGUGCAAGCUACUGCCGUUUUAUAUGCUGUGCCAUCUUGCCCACCCGCUGGCCCUGUCCGGCACGGGGCGCGCCACGUCGGAGUGCAGACGAUGCCACGUGGCUUCCUGCCUGCCCCGCUGUUUGCCACUGGUGCUCGGAAGAGAGACUGGACUGCGAGAUGUGUGUACAGCGCUUGUGUCACUGGUGUUAGAGCUGCGCCUUUGUUGUAUCUUUUUUUUUUUCUGCUCUUCAUGUUGACACUAUUUAACAUUCUCUGCCCUGUAUUACUUUUUUUUUCCUGUGCUGCCAAUUUUUUUUCUGUUGUGCUAUCAAAGGAGUAUUAUUAUACAUGUCGUGAGUUGGGGGGGACACAAAAGUCAUAGGGAAGAGGGUUUAGCACCCAUGCUCCCCCCAAGGGAGCUACUGUUUCAAACAAAAGCGCAGCGGCAGUCUUCUCCGGACGAGGAUUUUGAGAAAACGAGAACCUAUACAUAUAUUAUAAAUAUGUAUACUUGCAGACACGUCUGCGUCGUCGCUCGUAUAUAAAUAUAAAUACACAUUAUAUAUAUAUAUUAUAUAUAUAUACAAAUACAUGCCACACACACACAGACAACUAUAGGACAUUGCUAGGGAGGCGGUCGGGUCUGCCCCGUCAUGUCUGCCUCCCGGGCGCCACAACUGCCAUACUUUGAGAGACGACGACAGUGCUGACAAGCCGGUUGUUUUUGUUUGUUUGUUUUUCUCCGGUGCAGUCAAGAAAGGAGACCGGCGCACCAUUUUGCAAGAUAGGCAUUGGCACUCUUCCCUCACUGCGGUCUGUAGGAGACGUGCGCGUGCGACGGAGGCUGGGUAGGGAAGCAGAGUUUUUUCAAGUUGGAUCAGACGAGACAGUAAAAAGUUCUGACCAGUUUACGAGGUUAAAACAUGGAUAACACAUAAGUGCGGCUUUAGUUUCCUUCCUUUUUCUUGCACCAGUCGACAACUCAUUCGUCUGAUUUGCCUCCAUGCACAGGGCCUUGUGGAAGCGAACGCAUGUGCACGCAGAAAUCGUAUCGUUUGUGCACGCAAGCAGUGAAUUAGUGACCACUGGCCGACGAAGCUAGGUGCCGCACUUCAGUCGUUCUGCGACGCUUCUUUUUUCACGUUUUUAGUCCGACAGCAGCGAUGCAGAUUUCAGUUUUGUACGCUUGGGUUGUACUUUUUUUUUUUUUUUCUCCCGCAAGUUAGCCUUUGCCGCACGCGAGCGCCGGGAAUGUAUAAAGAGCGAACAAAUUGCCCCCCUCCUCGACUUUGUAUAGAUAUAUGCAUACAAGCGGUUAUGUAUCUUCGUAUGUCUGUGCGCGUACAAUGAAAUGGAUAACUUGGGAGACCAAGCAAGUGAUUAAACAAAAAAAAAAAAAAAGACUCCGGUCAGUGCCCAAGUCUCGCGCUCUCGCUCCCCCGUGGAGCAGUUUCCUUUGUGUACUGAGUGCGGCAGAGCUGCUCUCUGCGCUCUUUGCUGGCUUGGUAACAAAGCGCCGCGUCGCCAUAGUAACCGAGCGCUCGUGUAGGUCCCGCCAGCGGUGCCACCUGGGGAGCGGUGCUGUCCCUUCCGUGGUGCAAGUGCGCAACGGAUUUGUUUUAAUAAAAGUUCCACGUGGGCGUGCUUUUUUCUCUCACCGGAGGACUUUUGUCAGAUUCUUAAUUGUUGCUCGCACGCGCAAGUGCUCCGAACGCGGUCGCCUUUGCAAAGACAAACAAGGGGGCCUGUGAGGAUUGUGGGCGAGCGCUUGAUGCCCCAAAGGUAGUCGAGUCUUCUCGACCUUCCCUAUACCGACGAUUUCACCUUCCCGCCGCGCCGUCGCGAUUUUGAGCACACAGCCACACUCGCAGUAGAGGAAUGAGUGACGAAGAUGAAAAGGCCAUGCUCCCGACAACUUUUUGUUUCCCGGCAGUCACCGAGGUUUCACUAGGCCCUCGGUAUUCCGUGCGCUGCCAUGUUCAGUUUUUUCUUAUUCCCCGCUUGUUCCCCGGAGUACUGUGGGCAAGCACAGGAAGAGACUCUCCCUGCGCCUUUUCUGUUUUCAGUCUUUUUUUUUUUUUCUCUCUCCAGGGACUCAAAAAAAAAAUUUUUUUCACCAGCUACACACAAAUAGGACGAGGGUUUGAAACGGCCCUUACAAGCCGUCGUUUGACAAACCAUCACAUACACGUGGACGCAAAAGGGAGGGGCAUAAAAACAAUUGUGGGGAAUUGGCUGGAAAGACGUUCCCGGGUGUUUUAUUGGGACACCUGGUCAGCCUGUGUGUCUUAUUUCAGUAUGUAGCUUUCAGUCUUGUUUGUGAAACCAGUUUCCUUGUGUAUGUUAUUUAACUUGUCCAAUAAAGCUGUUUGUCUUUACGUACAAAACACCAUC